AUGUUGUUUCAAAUAAGAUAUUUUCAACUUUUAGUUUGGAUAUUUAGUAAAUUAUUUGUUUAAUCAUAUUAGAACAAAUAAAUUCAAGUUUAAAGCUAUCGUAAUCCGAUAUUUCACUGAACUUAUUAUUUAAUAAUUUGGCACUUGCAACUAAUGAUAUUAAGAGAUGA